UUAUUGGAUGUACUUCAUGCAUAAAAUGCCAGAAAUAGCAAGUGCUACCGGGAUAUGUGGCAAUCGAUCGCUAACGUGGUAUAUACCCCGCGCCUGAACCCCCACGUUUAGUUGUUUUUCUAGAAGUCAAGACAUGGAUCAUUAGGGGAUUUAUACACACAUCGAUAGUUACAUGUGUCCUAGCCACCUCAUCUUUGCCUUGUCGUACGGUACUUCAAUAUACAAUUGCUACACAUUUAGAUUCAAGCACCUUAUUUGGGCAGCACCCUACGAUUUUCAAUUUAAAUCAUCUAAACCAACAAACACAGCUUGACUUCCAUCUUCUCAUGUCAGCCCAAAAAUGGCAUCAGUGAAAAUUGAUGUUACAUCUCCCGAACCAUACACCACUCCCGCUGAAAUCUAUAGUGGUUCCAAUUUCAAUGUUGAUCCGCCAUCUACUCCACCCAUAGCCCUCCGUAUUGCAACCGGAGGUGCCGGUCAAUCAGGACUUCUCCGCUCGCUCGCCAACGCAUUUAUAACGUUUGAGAUGAGGACGACCGGCUGUUCACGAUUUAGUGUAGCAUGGUUAUUAUCUGAUACAUCAGCAAGCUUUAACUAUUUGGGAAGUAGAGCUGCGGAUUGUAGUAUUACUUAUCAUAAGGUUGCCGAGGAAAUGGCCAUGAAGCAAGGAAUUGCGGAAAGGAGAGAGUAUGCGUGGAGGGAUCAUUGGUUGCUCGUUGGUAGGUCAUAUCAAAAUGAUGAUAUGCGACUUCAUUUUUGUAUUUCUCUUCCCAUCUGAUGAUUUGCAGGCCCGAAGGAUAAUCCUGCCGCUCUUCCUCUUGAUGGUACGCACAACUCGACAAUCUAUGAACUCUUCUCUCAAUUAUUCAUGGCUUGCGUUGAGAAUCCAAAUAUUAGAUUCUUAUCCCGAUACGAUAAAUCAGCCAAUAAUAUUAAAGAAUCUGCUAUUUGGACAGCGAUUGGUCAAACUCCAUGGGCACAUCCUUAUUCAAGUUGGUAUCAUCGAUAUGUAGAGUUUCCCUUUGCUGCAUUGAAGGCUGCAUGUGUUUUAGGCGAGUAUACACUCACGGAUAAGGGAACAUGGUUGAGUAUUGAUGGAGAGAUUAGAGAGAAAAUGAGUGUUUUUGUAUGUUACUAUUUCAAUAAUCUUCAAUAUGUGAAAUGUGUUGAGCUAAGUGGUGCAUAGAAAUCAAGUACAGAUGCUCUAGAUGAUCCUUUAUUGAAUCCAGCGCAUAUCUUAGUAGGUACCAGAAGGAAGAAUAUAUCCAUGGCCCACAAAUUCGCGGAUUGGAUGAUAGCAAGAGAUGGUGGGCAAAAGGUUGUGGAAGAAUUUGGGAUAAAUGGUGCUAUAUUGUACAGUGUCGCUCCAGAUGCUUAAAAAAUACCUGCGUCUCCUCGUCCUGUUAAUGCCGCAAUAUUUAUCAGUUUUGAAGGAUAUUGAACAGUAGCUUUUCCUGUUUUUAGACAAAAUUCUGUAUACAUAGUUUUAGCGUAUUUCAUAUUACCCGAGUGUUUAAGUAUACAUUUUUUAAAGAUGAUAAUGUCACCGUUAAUUUCGUAGCUAUUGUCCUUUCAAAGGAAGGGAUAAUAAAAUAAAUUAGAAAAAACGAUUCAAAGUUUCCCUCAUAAAAUACUGAUGCGAUUUAAAGUUCUCAUAAAUGCACAAUAUCAAGGGUUGAAUCAUUAAAAAACGAGAUGGCCGCACAAA